AUGGUGGUCGUGGUGGCUACCGAGGGUCAUACCGGGGAAGUAAUAAUCGAGGUGGUUAUGAGAGCCACAGGGGUAGAGGAGGCGGCGGCUUUUCUUCGUACAAUGAUUCGCGCUACACCAGUGCAACCAGAUAUUCCAACCGUGAGCGCAUGGAUGAAUCGUAUAAGAAGCCGUAUAGAACGCAGCCCAGUUAAAUCUAAGGAUGAAGCAUCAUCAACUGAAGAAGAUUGGGAGGCAGAUGAGAAAGCCGAAGCUAUCAAAGAAGAGAAAGAUACAAAGCCUAAGUCACCCAAGGAGGACACAGAGGGGUUGGAUGGUGAGGGUGAAGAUGGAGGUGAAGACACAGAGAAAGAAGAAGAUGCAGCAUCUGAUACAGCACCAUCCAAACCGUUCAUUAAUCUGGUUUGUGUGCACUGCAAAGAAAAAUCUUCAAGUUUCGGAGCGUACAUGAAGCACCUCAUGUCGCUGCGGCACCGCACGGCCAUGAGCGCCGUGGCGCGGCGCCACAAGGCGCAGCUGCUGCGCAUGCGCGUGGCGCAGCGCGGCGCCCAGCGCGAGCUGGAGGCGGCGGCGGGCACGGAGCUGGCCAUGCGCACGACGUUCUGCCUGGUGUGCCGCCUCAACCACCGCACCACGCGCCACGCGCACAACCUCACCGACACGCACCGCGCCAUGAAGCGCUUCCUCAUGCCCUUCUGCCGCGCCUGCCGCCUCACCUUCCGCUCGCCCAUGAUCUACGAGCACCACAUCUGCUCCAUCGAGCACCUCAAGCGGAAAGCAAUUCAGGGAUCACGACGCGCCAGCCCUAAACAGGAUCCAAGCGGAGACGAGGGAAUGGAUGUUGAUUUGGACAACUUUAUGACACUGGACUCUGUGGGUGAUGUUGAUGAAGUCGAAGAUGACGAUUCUGGUGGUGAAAAAAAAGAUUCAGAGGACAAGCCUAAGAAAUCAAAGGUGGAAAUUAAUAUUGGAAGUGAGCAUGUGAAGAGAGUAGAGGUGUGGUGGUGCGAGCUGUGCCGCGUGUACCUGCCGCGGCCCGAGGCGGGCGCCACCGAGAGCGCGGCGGCGGAGGCUGAGGCGGAGGCUCUGCGGCGCCACUGCCGCCUGCGCAUCCACCUGGGCCGCUACGUGCAGCACCGCGACACGCGCACCCUGAGGAAGCACGCGGAGCGAAUCCACCGGCAGCUGCACCAGCAGAAAGAUGAUGAGAAAGAAAGCAAUGCUGAAGAAACCCCAGAUUUAAAGGUUAAAGCUGAAAAAACUGAAGCAACUGCUGAUAAGAAAACUGUAGAAAAUGGUACAGAUGCUGUGAAUGUAUCAGGAAACGAAGACAAACUCUGGGCGGAUGUGGAUAAAGACAUUGGAGAACUAUUGCGUGAAGUUGAUCCUCAGGGAAAUGAGGCGGCAAGUGAUGAUGAGGAAGACCUCGGAAGAUAUGACAAAUUCCGUAAAAGUGAUAAGGUGUCCAAGCCUGGAGAGGAAGAGGAAGGCAAAACUAAAGAAGAAAGUGUAGAGGGUGAAAAAACCAGCACUGAAACUAUUAAUCCUUCUGCAUAAGUAGAGGUUAUGUUCUAGUUAGCAUGCUAAGUUAUCAAAACAUGUAUUUUAAUGUAAGCUUAUUAUUAAAAAUUUUUCAAAUAAUAAUCAUAAGUUGAUACAAAAAUUAUCAAUCCGGACUGCAAUUAACUGGUUUGACUUGGUGAAGACAAACACACAAUUUACUUGUGACUUAUAUAAAAAAAAAUCAGUGUUCUGAUAUUACUAACAUAAUAUAAUCCAAUCACAGUAAAAAUAUCUGCUAAAACAUAAAAAAAUGAAUGACAAUAGACAGACAACAAAACUUAGUAUGUAAUAAAAUGUAAAGCUGUCUGCUGAAGUUCUAGUAUUUAGAUAUCUCUGUAAACGUUAUAGAGUGUCGGAUAAAUAAAAUU